CGUUAUACCGGACGGUUGUUUUACCUCAGAGCUACUGUUCAAUCUGCGCGACUGACUAACUCGGCGGUGUGCUAAACGUUUAAUGUACGAUGUUUUUAAAAAUGCUUUUAAAAUUGUACCAAAUGUUGUGUGCUUGAGCAUGAGUUUUAGCCGUCUGGACUGUGUUUGUGUGUGGCUGGCUAGCUGAAUGAGCGCAAAGAGGCUGCUUUGCUUUAGGCCCAUGAGCGCGUAUUAUCCAUUGCGUUUCACUCAUAUUUUCCAUCAUGUGUGUUUUAGUCAGAUUUUUUAAACAUGUUCUCCUUCGAGACUCGGGUGACGUGUCGAAAUGUAUCGGUGAUGUUGUGUUUAUCUUGAGAGCUGGCCGUUGGUUUGUGUGUGAAGUAAAGGGGAGGGUAAACCGUUAGCCUGUCUGCGCUCUCAGUCUGAGAAAUGCAAACAUUCACUAUCUGGACAUCAGUGCCUUUAUCACACAGAGGUCUGCAUACUUUUGGACAGAUAAAACAUUAUCGCACUGUGCUGUUGCUGCAAGUCCGUUGUGUUUGACGAAUUGAAUAGCCAGAUAAAACCGAGGAGUGACUUUUCAGUCUUUCAGUUGUUUAAAGCGCCACGUUACAUUAGACUAAUAGGGUGAAUUACUGGUAUACAGUGUGACAAAGUAUAUACUGUUAAGUUAACUUAUAUGUAUAUUACAUAUGACGGAUAGAAUAAGGAAGGCUGUUGACAGUGGUAAAUUUUGUUGGACCUUCAAAAGGCAUUUAAUGCUGUGAUGUAAAAACACGGUACCAUGUGAAUGGUUGAGGAACAUGAAGCCUGCACACAAACUACUGUUCGUCCUGUGUCCCAUGCUGGUCUUGGGGUUCAUCUACUACUCUUCUGGGAAGCUCCAUUUGCACGUAUGGGGCCAGAAGCCACACAAAGAUGUGGCGGCCAUAAUAAAAGUCAGUAAGGUCACUAAAAAUACUGUCAAAUCCCCUGUGACCAAAGAGCCGGUGGUGGAGGGUCCUGUCUCCGUGGGACGAAUAGUAGGCUCAGUGUUUGAUAAGCAAGGAUUCUUGCUGAAUCUGGAAACAAAGCUGCCUCCAGAGUUGGUGUACAAGUAUGGAAACCUCAGUGAAGGAUCCUGCAGACCUGGCUAUGCAGCUGCCAAAAUGACUGCUAUCUAUCCAAAGUUUAGUAAGCCAGCUUCCAUGUUUCUGGACCGAAACUUUAAGCGGCUUGCAAAAGUUACCAACUAUUUACCUCCAUUUGGAUUUAAAACACAAGAAAGAAUCAUAGAUGUUAUAUUAUCUGCCACAAAGAAUUAUGGACUGGGACCAGAUUUGGAUAGUUUGAGUUGUAAAAGAUGUAUAAUAGUAGGUAAUGGCGGUAUCCUUAGCAACAAGUCUUUAGGAUCCCGCAUCGACGAAUAUGAUGUUGUAGUAAGGCUCAACGAGGCCCCAGUGAAUGGUUACACCAGGGAUGUAGGUACUAAGACCACCAUGAGGAUAACCUAUCCCGAGGGGGCCAUCCAGAAGCCUGAACGCUAUGAAAAAGAUUCCCUCUUUGUCUUUUCUGCUUUCAAACCUCUCGACUUUAAAUGGCUGAGACAGAUGGUCUUCAGAGAGAAGCUGCAAGGAACAGAGGGCUUCUGGAAGUCUGUAGCGCACUAUGUGCCCCGGGAACCCUCUGAGAUACGUAUCCUCAACCCCUACUUCAUACAAGAGGCUGCCUUCCAGUUUAUUGGCCUUCCACAGAACAAUGGCCUCAUGGGUAAAGGGAACAUUCCAACGUUGGGCACCGUUGCCAUAACGAUGGCCCUUCAUAACUGCGAUGAGGUCGCUGUUGCUGGAUUUGGCUAUGACAUGAACACCCCUCAUGCACCCCUGCACUACUACGAAACAGUCAAAAUGUCUGCCAUAAAAGAGUCAUGGACUCACAACAUCUCAAAGGAAAAGGAAUUUCUCCGCAAGUUGGUGAAGGCCAACAUCAUCACAGACUUAACCAAUGGGAUUUGAACCUCCCAAGGUGGGUGCCUUUCUUGGAGGACUUGAAAACGCAGGAUCCUGGGAAACCCUGGACCAGACAACACUGAAGAGCGUGAUUUCAGAGGUGGGAGCGAUGGCUCACUUAAGAUGCACAUGUGCCUUCUUACCGACAGGCUUCCUCUGAGCGGGACGUUGAAGGGUUCUUGAAUGUCUCCGGAGACAAUCCUUGUUGGAAACUAUCAGAGACUUUGAGGGGACCAACACAAUGCGCUUGAGGAAUGAGUCGCAACAUUAACUGAUUGUGCCAAAUGUACCUCUAUUGGAGGAGAUGCCUCUCCUCUCCUGCCUGAAUGUAUUAACGGUGUAAAUAUCAAAGAUUUUUACAGUGCAUUUUAAUGCUAAGGCCCCUGCCUUCACACGUGAUUCUCCGUCCAGGGCACUCAGUGCGUAUCCUGCCCCAGUGUGUGGAAGGGCAGAGGCAGGUCUUUGAUUCAGCUUCUGAGCACAGGAGGCUCUUUAUCUCCUGAAUGUGAGCUUAUUAUGUUACAGCUUCUUUUGUUGAGGAAAGGAGCUCAAUCUCUAAGUUAUUUAUUUUGGUGCACAGAUGAAGGCCUUUUGUUUUUUCGUAUUUGAGGUACCGCAUUUCCAAAAUGACUUGUGUUAUAAAUACUCACUACAGUUUACUUGAAGUGGGAGACUGAGUACCUAUUAGGGAUGCACAGAUACCAUUUUUUUUUUCCCAAUUUAAAUUCCAAUACCUGAAUUGUGCAUAUCGGCCAGUACUUCACGAACUUCCUAAGGGGCCGUUCACAUGUCGCGUCUAAAAACGUGUGGAAAAUGCCGACCACGCCACUUUCUCAUCUUUACAAAAGUGCCCUUGUGGUCCUGUGGUGUCUGCCGUUGCUAGCAAUCAUGAGCCGUGUGUUCUCCAUGAAGAUGAAGAGGUUUUAGCAAAGGAUAAAUGAAUUUCUAGCCCUUGUAUUAGCUCUACUACUAGAUAUAUUCAUACCUGCAAACUAGUCGCUUUUCUACGAAAUUCGCCGUUUUGAAUCAAAAUAUUGGGUGAGGGUGAGUUUGCAGGCACAAUAAAUCGAAAAUGGGCUAUUUUCCCUUAGACUAGAGUGAGACAAUAAACGUCUCUCGAGCUGUCGUGAUCUUUUUUGGAGCUCUGUGGUGUGACUGACACUUCGCUGUAGCGCUUCAGUUCAAACAGGCAGAGCGCACGUGAACCGAUCAACUCUUCCGCUUUACAACACGAAAUAAACAUGAAUGGAUGUAGGAUGAAUGAAUACCGAAGGUAUGUUGAAAGAUGCAGUACAACUUACUGAAAUCAGUAUCAUGUCAUAUGUAACGUUAAUCGAUCAAUCAUUGUUUCAACCGUGGAAAAGCGCCAAAUAAAAUAGCUUGUAAAAAUGUCACAUUUACCGUAACAUUUACCUCAGAAAAGCCAUUCAAUGUCAAAAAACUCAUUAGUCAGCUACAAAAAUGAACGUCGAGAGGAGCAUUUUGAUAUAUAUCCACUGUGACUAUAGGCCAUUGCAUAUUCAUGUACUUCAAUACUGAAUGUAUAAAACCGUAAAACCGUUUUUUUGACGGCCUCCUUUUAAAUGUUUAGGCCGAUAUUAAAAACGAGUAGAAACAGUAUUAAAAACAUAAUUGUCAUUAAAAAUGUAUUAUAACGUUAUUAUAAAAACUUCUUUAUGUGUAAUUUAUAUGCAAGUAGCUUACAAAUCAAUUAAUUUUAACCAAUAUUAUAAUGAUGUACCAGCUGUGGUUCCCUGUAUAGUUUACAGUAUUAGCUGAGAGAUAUUUUUUCUUUGAGGAAAUUUGCCAUGUACUGUACUUGAUAAGCCCCAAAUUAAUCUAUAUUGAAUUGAAGGUAAUCAAAUCGAAAUCAAAUCGCGAGCUUCUGAAUCUAAAUCGAAUCCAAUUGUGAAAUUUGUGUCAAUGCACAGCCCUAGUGUCAAUAUUUUUUUUAUUUUUUUUAUUAGUAGUAGUAUUUUUUUUUUUUUUUUUUUUUUUUUUUUUUUUUUUUUCAUUUAUUUUCUUGUGGGAGUGCACCAGAAUGCUUAGUUUACAUGUUAAAAUCAUGAAAUCCCCCCCCCCCCCCACUACUAUUUUCUUUGUAAACAUGUCACCUUUUUCACCUCUUUGGAGUUUGCAGGUAUGUAUAUUUAUGAGGUGAGAAGUAAAAACCUGCCCUGUACAGCUAUGAUCAACUGUUCGUCCAUCUUGGCUGAGCUUUCAGUGUUGUUACGGAAAGGCCGAAGCCGCUUGCCGCGCGUCUACAUUUGUGAAAUAACGAAUUUGAGCGUGCAAAAGAUGCAACAUGUGAACGGCCCCCUAAAAACACACAACUUCAUUAUAGAUAAAUAGAAAACAGAAAAACUUACACACAUUCUAUGCUACUGUUCAAAAGUUUGGGGUCAGUAAAAACUAAAAAAAAUUCAGUAAGGAUGCAUGAAAUUGAUCAAAGUCUUUUCCAUUGUUACAUUGUUAAUUCAUUUCAAAUACAUGCUGUUUUUAAAAAAAAUAAUAUUUCACAGUAAUUACUGUUUUUACUGUAAUUUUGAUCAAAUCAGUGCAGUCUUGGUGAGCAUAAGAUACCUUUUUCAAAACCACAAAAUUUUACCGACCCCAAAAAUGUUCUAAUUUAACAAACACCCAGUAACAAGAACCACAACAUUCAGAAACUUCAGCAAAAUACAGUCCUUUUAAACAAAAACAAAGACCUUUGUUUUUGUAAAACUCACAUUAAAUAGUUUUUUAUCCUAACAGUAACAUCCAUGUCAAGCACACAGUAUCGGGUUUGGAUCGAUAUCUGAUAUGACAAAAAAAUAUCCGUAUCUUUUCAGAUACAAGCCAGAUCGGUGCAUCCCUAGUUAAGACAGACCUCAAAAUCACCUGACGUUACGGUACACUGCCAUCCUGAAUUCUGCCGCUUUCAAAAGGUAGCCGUUUCAGACCAAUACACCAAGAAGAACCAUUUUUAACUUUGGUUUUACUUUGAAUACAUUUGAAGAUGAGCAAUGUUGCACAUAUUUACAAAAGAGAUCAAGUUUGUACUUUUUUGUGUGGUACGGACCAUUUUAUGGAGUACUGUGAGCUUUUAGUCAAAGCAAAGCUACAACUUGGGCAGAGUACUGGAAACGUGCCAUUGCACUAGCUAUCAGAGUUCAUCAUGUUACACUACAUUAUGUUCACUACACCUGGUACUCAUCAAGAUCCCACAACAGGAAGGAGUCAUCAUGGAAUCAUCCUGACUGUCUGAAACACAUUUGAAAGAGUUCUUUGCUCUCGUAGAAUGGUGUAUUUAUAUUGUGCAGUAUGCCACCAAUCAGCAUUAUAAUGAUGAUCAUUUGGAGUUAGAAGGAAAUACAAAAGUAUUGUUUCUUUUAUAUGUAUAUAUAUAAAUAUACAUAUAUAAUAUAUCUUCAAGUUCUAAUAAAAUUAAUGUGUUGGGCAGUUUUGGCCCUUAAUUGA